GCGGAGCCACCAACGCCCCGCGGAGCAGACCGUGGCGGCGGGCGGGAGAGCAAGGUCGGGAGCCCCGCGCGCUCCAAGGGGUCUCCGAGAUUGAGAGGACCGGAAGACUUGCUGUCCCCUUGUGGCAGCUUCGACAGGUCACUGGGCCGCAAUUUUUAAGAGCACAAAUGAAUGAAUAAAGGUGGUUGUCUUACCCUUCCUUCGUUACCGCUGGCUUCUGUAGCUGCAGUUUCGUUGCUAUACUGGGCACUGGGUGAAAUCUUCAGCUGUUUUCAAAAUUUCAAAUUAUGCAAUGAACAAGGAAGAUAGAUUAUUUCAUUACAAAGACACCUCGAUCUAAGAUCAAGGACUGUGAUCACAAAAAUUUCCUGAAUCAAAGAGAGAAAUGGAAUUUGAUUUCAUUUGAAUAGAGUUGGCUAUAAACUUCGCAACCAGAUUGCAUUUAAAUGCUGUUUGGGACCAAGGACUUCAUCCGGGAAGAGACUUCAGAGGACCAAGUAGCAGAGGGCAGCCAGCCUUAAUGUGAUAGAAACACCCUUGAACUUGUCGUCCAAAAGACAAAGGCUUGAGUUUCAGCUCUUAGUUUUACGGUGACCUUGGAGCCAGAAUUCACAAUGACAACAGUAACAGGGACCACAGAGGUCCCCCCAAUGGGUAAAAGAGAAGAUAAUUCUGCCUUGUAUGAGUUCACACCAGCUCAUGUUAUUGAAGAAACCGAAUAUGUGAGAAAGAUCCGAACUACUCUGGAAAAGAUCCGAAAUCAAAUUUUUAAAGAUGAAGUAGGACAUAACAGUACACAUCACAAACUAGAAACAAAGCACUGUCGAAACAUUCAAAAUGGCUCUGAUUCUGAAAUGGACCCCUCUUGUUGCAGUUUGGAUCUGCUCAUGGAAAGGAUGAAAGGAAAAGAACAGCAGAUCUUAGAAAUGAACAAAGAAAAUGAAGUAUUGAAAAUCAAGCUGGAAGCCUGCAGACAAGCAGGAGCAGGGGCUCUGAGAAACGUGGCCCAGAGAUUAUUUGAAAGCUACCAAACACAGUCUGAAGAAGUUAGAAAGAAGCAUGAGGAUGGUAAACACUUACUCGAGGUUAACAGACUCGAAAAGGAACAGCAAUUGAAGCAACAUGUUGAAAAUCUGAAUCAGGUUGCUGAAAAGCUUGAAGAAAAACAUAAUCAAAUCACAGAGCUGGAGAACCUUGUACAGAGGAUGGAAAGGGAAAAGAAAACACUGCUAGAAAAAAAACUGUCUUUGGAAAACAAGCUGCUGCAACUCAAAUCCAAUGCUACAUAUGCUAAAAGUUGCCACAAUCUUCAAAUGGAGAUUUCCCUUCUCCAGGAGAAGAUCUCUCAUCUGCAGUUUGUGAUUCAUUCCCAACAUCAGAACCUGCGCAGUGUCAUCCAGGAGAUGGAAGGAUUAAAAAAUAACUUAAAAGAACAAGAUAAAAGAAUUGAAAAUCUGAAAGAAAAAGUUAACAUACUUGAAGCCCAGAAUAAAGAACUAAAAACCAAGGUGGCGCUUCGGUCUGAAACACCUAGGACAACAGCAUCUAAGGCUGUCUCUACAAGUGAAUUGAAGACUGUCAACACUACGCCCUAUUUGAUGUUGAUUAGGCUCCGGAAAUGAGCUGACUGGCUGAAUAUCUGAAUGAGAAAGAUUGCUACGUGGGUCUUAUUUAUUCCUCAAAACACAGCCUAAACUUGCAUGCUGAAAUGGCUCAAUGCCAGCAUUCAAUGGAAUGUACUAUACAUCAACAGCUUUGCAGGAAGAUGACAUUCCAGAAAAUCAAACAAAAUAUAUAUUCAGGGGAAGGAACUCUUUCUUCAAAACUUACGAAACGGGUGAAGAGACCAGGGGCUUUCGAUGGAAAAUGAAUUUUGCUUUAAACUUAAAAAAAAAGAUCUGAAUCUUUCUUGCAGAUUUUUGCUGAAGGGAGUGGUUUAAGGUUGUUGACAGUGACUUUUUUGAUAGUGGUUUUUGUGUAUAUAAAUGGAAGAGUGUAUGUGUGUAUGUGUAAAUGAUAUAUUUUAAAGUUCACUUUGGAUAAUAAAAAAAAUAUCUUAACAUGAAUUUAUAAAUUCACCUCCUGACCCAGUGUUCAUGGGAGAGUUACUGUAUUAUGGGCAGGAGAAGGAGUAGGUUCUGUUUAGCUAAUUCCCACAUAACCCACAUAACCCUCCAAAGUUGAGAAUCAUGGCGUCUCACCACACCUGAGGAAGCCGUUAUUCUUCAGUUGGGAUUGAAAAUUGGUUGCUAGAGACAACCCACAAAUAAGCACAAAGAAAUGGAGCUUGUGGCUCUCUCUGGCUUCGUGACUAAUAUUCUUUUCAAGAUUCAUUAUUAUCUGCGACGAUCUUUGGAGGGAAGAAUAGAAACACAAUGCUGUCAGCUCAUACCUCCAUAAACAUGCUGUCUGCAGCCAGGAAGACUCUGAAUUCAUGAAUUGGAAUUAAAUGUCCAGUGCUUUGGUGAGAGCGUAUUUACAUUUUGAUAUGGGCAUUCAUCACAGGUGGAGUCUGGGAUUGCUGUGAGGAAAACCAGACUCUGAUUUGCAGAAAUACAAACAUGUUGACCCUCCAGAAGAGAACACACUUCAACUAAAGGAAUAAUGGGCAGCCUUAGCCCCACUGAAGGCUGAAUUGCUUGUAAGCCUUCUGAUGGUCCUCUCGGGUGUAGGACUGUAAACAUUUUCUCAGGAAAGAUGCUGGAAGUCUUUCAAUGUGGAAUGUGAAAUAGCAGUGUUAUCUAUGAAAUAUUUAAAAAUACAUA